CCGCCGCCGCCGCCGCCGCGCCGCUGCACGCGCCCAGACCACCACCAAAAAAAUCACCUAUCUAGACGCACAUCACUACUAAAACCGCUCUCUAUUACUAAAAACUAUCUUCUUACGAUCGCACGCUAUUCUUAUCGAGUGACCUUCAAGUGUUCCACCCUAAUCUCACCCUUCUUCUUUCUUCUUCUUUCAUCGUACAAACCAUGACCGCAAAAGUGAUGUGAUGAUAAAGUUUAAAUAUACACAAUUUCUGAGUAAAAAAAUGGUGACGGCCUAAAUCAUGUUGUUAUGAUAGUGGAAACGAUUUCUUAUUCAAUAUUAUAAGGUUAUCCUGCUCCCGUUUUGUUCGGUUUUAGAGUCUGUGUUGUGAAUGCUGUCUUGCGUAACUUGGACUACAUAUCAAGACGCGCCCGGGGCCGUGCGGCGGUGAUGUCGCGAUGCGGCGCGCGGUGACGCUGCGGCUGCCGCUGUGUGCGCUGCUGCUGCUGGGCGCCGGCUGCGAGCCGCCCACCGACGCCCCCGACUACGCCGCCCAAGACUAUGACGAGCGGUUCAAUGUAUCAGAGAAGGGCAUGUACCUGGGCUCCCCGUGCGAGUUCACGUGCAGCCCGCAGCUCCAGCACGUGUUCUGCGACCCCAGCACGGGCACCUGCGCGUGCGACGCCAAGCACCCCGUGCAGCUCGGCCUCAGCCACGGAUGUGCUAAACCGAAGAAGCUCGGCGAGCAGUGUUUCUACCGGCAGACGUGCAAGGCGUUCGACCCUCACUCGUCGUGCGUGCAGGUCAACCACAACGCCUUCUGCCAGUGUGACGCCGGCUACCACAGCACCAGCCACUCACGGCCCGUGCACAGGGUCUUCUGUACUGAAGACCUGGUCCUGCUGACGGCGGACAUGCCGACGCUGCUGGGAGUGGCGUCCGGCAUCUUCGUGCUGGCCGGCCUGCUGUGCAUGGUGCUGCAUCUGUACACGCGGGCGCGCUUCCACCCGGACCACCUCGCCGACGCGCGCCUCACGCCGCCCUGUCUCUACUCGCUUAAUGACACUGGAGGCACGCUGAGCGCGACGCGGCCGUCGUCGCGGUCGUCGGCCCGCAGCGCCACGACGGGCGGCACGCUGGACUCGGGCUGCUCGCGCCGCGUGUCCCGCGCGCGCGGCGUGCCCGUGUCCGCCUCGCGCGCAGGUUCCAGACGUCCAAGUGUAAGUUCUAUUCAGAGCAGCUCAUCCUCGAUACGGAGUUACAGCGCGAAGCGAUGGGAGAAGGAACGGGAGCAGAAGGAGAGGCGACAGAUGAGCAUGCGUCUCGCUCAGUUGCACGACAAGAUGAACUCUGGCCGAGAUAUCCCGAAGCUGGCCCCGACGCCCUCGCCGAGAUCCCCCAACAACUCCACCGAUGGGCUGCUGCCCGCUGUCUGUGAAAUUAGAGAGCUAAUAAGCAAGCCGGAGCCGAGCAAGCUGCAGGGCGUGGACGGCCCGUGCACCAGCUCGUCGCUGUACUGACAGCCGGCGUACCCCCGCGGCGCGCGGCGGUCCAUGGACUCCCUGUCCUCAGAGGGAACCCCCACCAUCGCCUGGAUGUAGAGUUGUAGACUCGACAGACUCGCGCGCUAGUGAGACAUAGACUCGCCAAAGUGAGGAAAGUUUGUGAUUUGAUUACUGGUUAGUGGUUAUGAUUUGUCAGUGUGGAUUCGUGUACAGUGUCAUUCUGAAGUUCUACGAUUCUACCCAGCUCACGGUUGUUCUGUAUCCGAUGACUCAAUAGUCUAGCCGUUCAAUAUUGUUAUUUAUACAGUUAGCUUAAUCUCAGCACAAUUUAAGAAACCCCUUAUAUAAACACCGGAUAAAUAACUGAUACAAAAGUACUUAUUGUAAGUAAUUUAAUUGAUGUUGCGUAUUUUUUGUUAUGAAUUCAUGUGAACCGAUAGUAUUUAAAUAGAUAGUAAUAGUUAAGCCGUAAAAACAGGUACUAAGAAACAAACAACCGUAUUUUGUACAAAACGUGUAUUGCUUCGACUUUAGCGUAAGACAUGUAAUUAGUUAAUAAGGACUUAUUGGACAAACUUCCAUAGUUUUUCAAUUAUAUUUUUUUGCGAAAAUUUAUAGAAUUAGCAAUAGGUAGAAGUCUAGAAUCUAGACUGUAGGUGCCCUGUAGUAAGUCAACAUAAUGUACUAGGCGUCUUUUGCCUCUUGUGAGUCUGUAUCAAUACCGAAUUGAAUUGAUUAUGGUGACAGUUUUACUACUUAUUUACUUAAUCCAAUGUAGGCACUUAUUGAAUAGGCUAGAUAGCGCCCUAGUGCCACUGCUGAAUUAUAUUUCAUCCAGGUAUUAAAUUACCUGUGGUAUUAAGUGAACUUAAAAAUCAUACUUACUUAUCUACCUACUAAAUAAAUCUUCAUUACUUAUA